GACCCUCGACGAGGCCGAGAAGCGCGUCAAAGCCGUCCGGGAGGACCUAAACUUUGAGAAGCUGUGGAACAUGAGCUUUGAAGAGCGAUGGUUGUUGGCACAGGGCUUGGGACCUGCCUUCCCGAUCUCGUUGAUUCUGUCUUACACCAUCUACUGGACCGCCAACGUGCCCUUCAUCGCCUACGCCUACUACACCACCGUUCUCACAGGGACAGCCACAAUGGGACUGGUGAUGGCAGGAGCGUACACGGCCUCCAUCCCCUUCAAGCCCUUGAUCUACAUCGGCGGGAUCCUGCUUACGCCCUGGGUGGCAGACAAUGUGAUGCCACUCAUCGGCAAGGCCCUGAACAUGUUCAGAUUGCCAGAUGAGGAGGAGUUGAACAAGGGUUUAGGGGUUUAG